GAUAUCAACUUUCCCAUCCUAUCCCAUCCCAUUCCAUCCCACGCUUUCAGUCUUGUACUCCACGCUGCCCAAAGAUUCAUAAGUUCUUAACCCAAAAAUGUAUGUAGAUCCCUUUUCUUCCAUAUUACACUGCACUAGCAAAGAACCCUUGAAUCUAUGGUAGCUAGUUAUCAAUUGUAUGUGAUCGAACUGUUCAGUUCUCGGCCCUCCAAAUUGAUACUUGUCUGGAGCUAAGAGCAUUCUGAGCCCAUUGCGGCAAAAUCGAUAUCGAGAUCUAAAAUUACAAUCAUGUCGUCGCCAGAUGGUGGGAUGACUGUGGAGGAUAUAUGGGUCACCACAUCGUCAACCAUGGUGGUCGCAUGGUCGAAAACCACAAGACGGAUGCGGGUGGUGGGUGGUGUGUUUUUAUUUUUUAUUCUUUCCAUUCUGCUGUUGAGACCUUCGAUACCAGAACGUCCCUCACUCCCCUCACUCCCCGCGAUCCCCAAAGUAACUCUUGACUAUGGUGCAUCAACGCCCUCCCAAUUCAAUCAAUCCAAAGUAGCGCUUCUGAUUGAAAACCGCGUCAAUCCAAUCCUUUCUCCUCUCGUGUUACAUUUCAUGUCUGUCGUGCCUCCCGAAUGGCGGUUCCGCUUUAUGGGUAGUCUUGAAUCCGUCGCGCAUAUGAAUGCCAGCCGGGCAAUUCGCCAGCAUGUCAAAUCGGGAAAACUCGACCUGACGUACAUCCCCGCCAACAUGUCCACAGGGUCCCAGGAAGAAAUCAGUAGAUUUCUUACGAAUCUAUGGCUCUAUGAGACGGUUCUACAGCCUGCAGAGUGGUUACUUGUUUUUCAGACAGAUAGCAUGCUCUGUGCGAAUAGUAGACAGAGUCUUAACAACUGGCUGGAUUACGAUUGGGUAGGAGCACCAUGGAAUCCCAAUGGGAAGUUUGGAGGAAAUGGAGGGUUGAGCUUAAGGCGCGUGAGCACGAUUAUCGAUAUUCUCCGUAAUCAAGUGCGAGUAGAUGACUCAGAGGCAGAAGAUGUGUGGCUUACCGAUCGAUUGGGACAUCGACCUGGGGCCAAACUUGCAAAUGGAACGACUUCACUCACAUUUUCGGGAGAAAUGCAUAGUGGACAAGGAGAACGAGUUGCCGCCGAGAAAAAGAAGGGGAAAGGCGCAGACGGGACGAAAGCUGGUGGGUUAAUCAAGGGGAUUGAUGAUUGGAGAGAUGGAUUUUAUGAACCGAUGGGUUAUCACACCGGUGGGAGUGGAGUCACACUUCAUGCGGGGAUAUGGGGAACACCCGAGAAGAGAAAACAUAUCUGGGAUUACUGUCCUGAGGUAAAGAUGAUUUUCAAAAUGGAUGCUGCCAAAUAUGUCCCAGGGGAUUGCAAUUCGAAUUGGAAACGAUGGGAUAUGGGACAAGAGGGUGUCGAUCAGGUAGAUGAGAAUGUGGAAAUCAUUGAUGGAGUGGAAUAUCCUAUGUUACCUGCAGGAUUAACACCGUGGUAACACGAGCUGGAAAUUCCUUCACGAUACUUUGCCAUCAAUCUCUACUUCAAUAUUAUUAUUUUCGCAUGUUUAUUGGCGCAUCGUAAGUUGGGAUGGGAUAUAGAAAAUGGGGCUGGGUAACAUAACAUAUGUAUGGUCUGCACAUCAUCAAUCAUUUUACUUUUUUCUGAAAAAAUAGAGCUAGAGCUAGGGCUAAGGUUAGAUCGAGCAAAUACUCGCUUCAUGGGAUUAUACAUCUAUCUAUCUAUCUAUCUAUCUAUCUAUCUAGAAUAAAAAUAGCGUUGAUUUCCCA